AUGCUGCAAUACAGAAAGUUUACGUCGGCCCCGACCCGCGCGGGACUGCAGGGUCCGCCGGAGCGCGGCGCAGAGGCUUUUCCUGCGCGUUCGGCCCCGGGAAAGGGGCGGGAGGGCUGGCUCCGGGAGCGCACGGGCGCGGCGGGGAGGGUACUCACUGUGAAGCACGCUGCGCCCAUGGAUCAUGUCUGUGCGUUACACCAGAGGCUCCGGGCUCCACUAAUUCCAUUUAGAGACGGGAAGACUUCCAGUGGCGGGGGGAGGACAGGGUCGAGAGGUGUUAAAGACGCAAAGCAAGAACGAAAUAAAGGGGGGCCGAGAGGGAGACCGAGAGGAAGGGGGAGCUCCGAGCCCACGCUGCAGCCAGAUCCGGAUGAGUCCGUCCUCCGCCCCGGGCGGGCUCUCGCUCUCGCUGGCCCUCAGCGCCGCGCAGCCAGCAGCAUCCCCACCGUGACGCUCGCAUCACACCCGGGCGCCGGCCGCCACCAUCCGCGCCGCCGCCGUCAGGACCCUCCUCCCGGGCAUCGUCGCCGCCGCGGGGUCGGGAGGACGCGGCGCGCGGGAGGCGGCGGUCGCAGGGCGAGCCCGGGGACGCCCCGAGCCGGGGCCGGGGCCGGGGAGAGGGCGCAGCGAGGUGGGGGCCAGUCCAGACCGACGGCAGCGACGGAGCGGGCGGCGGCGGCGGCGCCGGCGGCGGCGGGGUGGCUCAGUCCCCAGUCUCAGACGCGCCGCGCAGCAGGUCGGAGCAGCCUCCCCGGGAGGAUGUCCAGCGGCAGCGCUCCUCGCUCCAGCCCUUGGGGAUCUUCCGCUGAGGCAUUGAAGGCAGGAAGAAGGGGUCCGUCAUCGGCUCGCCGGGCUGCGCGCCACCUCUGCUAUCUUGCGGAAAGAGGAGCGGGCAUACAACUCAGGAUUCAUAACUACAUAUAUAUGGAUAGAAGUGCAUGAACAGAAAAUCUGCCCUUCUGGAAUACCAAAUGCAAAAUUAAAGUCACUACAAGCAGAAUUUGGAGAAAAAAAAUAAAAGAUGCAAUAUAGUUUUAAAAAUCAUUGUUAAAAUAUAAUGAGUCUGUACUUUGCUUAAACAAUAAAAAAGUAUUGAUUUAUA